AUGAAUGACGACACCAUCACGUGGGAAAUCCUGGGCAAGGGAAAAUGCUCGUUCAAAAAAAAAACGCAGACACAGAUGUUCUGCAUGAAUGAAUAUAACGUUACGGGACUAUGUACCAAGGUGAACUGCCCUCUAAGUAACAGUGUCUACGGAACAGUCAUUUUAGAUAAGGGAGAAAUUUAUUUAUACUUAAAGUACCCCGAGAAGGCCCACCUUCCGAGCUCCAUGUGGACCAGAAUCCAGCUAAGUCAAAACAAAAAGGAAGCAUUCAAUGCUAUCUAUAAAGAAAUGAAGUACACCCAUAAUAUAAAGCAAAUAAAAAAAUGCAUGAAGAGAUAUGUACGGAUGAAAGAGAUUUUAAAGCGAAGUAGGAAAUUAAUUUUGCAAAAACAAGUAAAGUUGGUUCCCAUUAAAAAGAAAACAGAAAGAAGGGAUAGGACCCGGGAAAAUAAGGCUCUCAAAGCAGCCAACAUUUUAAAUAAUGUCGAAAAAGAAUUGCUCAACCGGUUGAAUAGCGGGGUGUAUGGCAAUUUGUAUAAAUUUUUGACCCCCAAAAAGAAGGUUAAAAAUAAGGACUCCGAGUUGGCCAAGCUGUUCGACGAGGUGGAGGACGAGCAAGACGUGAAGAAGAGGAAGAAGAAGCAACAACUGGAGAAGCAGGAGGAGGAGGAAGAAGAGGAGGUCAGUGACGAAGACGACGCGGAAGAGGAGGACGACGAAGAAGAAAACGAAGAGGAGGAAGAAGAAGAAGACGAUGAUGACGAGGACGAUUACGAUGAGGAGGAAGACGAUGAUGAAGAUGAAGAGUUAGAGGAUGAUAGUGAGGACGACCUGGAGGGUGAAGACGACGAGGAGGAUGACGAUGAAGAGGGAGAGGAAAGUGACGUGGAGGAAGAGGACGAUGGGGAGGACGAUAUCGAUGAGGAGGAAAAGCCCCGAGGGAAGAAGGCGAAGAGAAAGCAGAAAAUUGCGAAGGAGUACGUGGACGGCGAGCACAUCAGGACUCUGCAGGAGGAAGGGAAGCUGUUUGAUGAGGACGAAGUGGAGGAAUUCGACGGAAGCUUCACGAAGAAGAGGAGCACCAAGGCAGGCGGCAAGAAGGGCAAGAAGAAGAUUCGAAUAGCAUACGAAAAUGAUUAG